AUAUAUACAAGCUGCAAAGGUCAGUCAAAUCCCGAUACGGCACCUCCUAAAGCUGCCGCCAUGCGGCCUGCGAGAGCGGACCGCGAUAAGAGUACCGGUACCAGGAACUCCGAGUCGAUGAUGCCUGGCUAUUUAAGCCUUUGAGCUCAGCGCUCAACGUUCAACGUUCAACACCCAGGGCAUGCAGCGAGCGAGCAUAAUGUCGCACGGAGACAAGUACCCCGGCUCACCAGAGAAAACGAGGGAGACCUACGAUAGUCUCCCCAAGCGUUCUGCUAAGCCAUGGGUCCGGUCAGGACAGCGCCAGUCCCUCCUAUCGAAGUCGAUUUGGCAGGGAAAUGCAUCUGUCCUGGGUUGGUCGACUGUCAUGAUGUGCACAUAACCGCGGUCCCUGGGUCAAAGUCGCCAGCGGAUAUGGCCAGAGAGCGGCAAGAGACCGUCUAGUUCUGUCGUGGCAUUGUG